AAGAUGUUUUCCAUCUCCCGCUGUUGCAUAACUUCUACAGCCGAAGACUGCUUUUUCUGUUGUACUAGUUUGGAAUUUGGAGGUGGUAAAAAUCCUCGGCGUGUACCGUACAAGAGCUAUAUUGAAAUUAAUGAUCAAAGCUAGAAGCAGCCUCUGGCUGCCCAGAGUCGUAGCUCAUGCUACACCAAAACCAAGCCCAAAUUCUCAGCUGUACCACGUAACCCCACUUUUGGAUGAGGACCGGGAUGGAUUGGACGCACACUACUGCAGUUGUGCAGGAGCUUUGCCCCUCACUGAACACCAGCACAAACCCCGGUCUGUACUGAGGCACCCGGGCUCGCUCGGGCACUCCCGCCUCCCUCCGUGCCGGGGGAUUCCCGGCAGCUCUGCAGUUUUCAGCAUGGCAGUGGACUGGCUCGGCUUCGGCUACGCCGCCCUGGUGACAUCAGGAGGGAUCAUUGGCUAUGCGAAAGCAGUUACAUCUGGAGCACUGACUGCUGUCAUGGGAACAAGAUUUUACCACUCCAGAAAAUUCAUGCCUGCAGGGCUAAUUGCUGGUGUCAGUUUGCUAAUGGUUGGAAGAUUAGCACUGAAGAUGUUGGAAAAGCCCCAGGAAAAGUAACUGUUAAUUUUACACCUUAGUAUUUGGAAAAGGAAACCUGAUCAUGAAGUUGCAUGAAUGCAGAAGUGAGAAGAUGGAAAAAUUUUCUGCAUCAAGACAUUUUUUAAUCUUUUUUUUGUAAGGGGGAGUAGAAUGAUGGUACAGAUAGUUUAUAUACAAGGUAGAGCUGUUUAUAUAUAUAGAGAAAUGAGUCCUGGGUUUGAUUUUUCUGGACAUGUUUCAAUGUAUUUUAACACUUCCAUGUUUUUAUAUUCCAAAAUAUACUUUUGACAUGUAUGAAGCUGAGAGAAAAUAUCCUGUAAUUAAGAAAAUAGCCACAAAGAGGCACCAGGAGUAACUGGCUAAAUACAAUAGUGUGUCUCAAACCUUUUACACUGAGUAUUGUGGUGUGCUUUACCUGUUGCAUUCUGAAUUGAUAUACCAUGUCUUUAUAAUAUCGAACAGAUCUUUCCUUUUUAUUGUGAAAUGAUGCUAAAAUGAUGCUUUUCUAUAAGUAAAAUUUGUAACAAACCUUUA